AAGGAUAAUGUAAUGAGUGGCCACGAACACAGGGGCCGUACAUUUACUUACAGACUUGGGAGUUCACAAAACAGCACGAAAAAGCUUUCUCCUUCGUCGCCUCCCAAAUCAUCCAUGGCGGUAGAGCUUCGAUCGAACCUCUCAUGGACGAUGUUAAGAAAGAAGAAAUCCAUCGCGUCUAUCCACUACUCUUUCCGCCUCGAUCUCUUCCUUCUUCUUUUCCUUCUUUCCAUCCCUCGAUCGAUCUCCGAACUGAAUACGAUGCAAGGGUUCUGUGCUGUUGCAAGUGAUUCGGACUGCAGCUCGUCCUUUACGAAGAUUUUGAUCAAGGGAGGGACCGUAGUGAAUGCUCAUCACAAGGAGGUAGCGGAUGUGUACAUCGAGGACGGGAUCAUUGUCUCUGUGCGACCUAACAUCAAGGUUGGGGAUGAAGUGAAAAUAGUUGAUGCAACCGGGAAAUAUGUCAUGCCAGGCGGGAUUGAUCCUCACACUCACCUAGAGAUGGAGUUUAUGGGAACUGUGAUGAUAGAUGAUUUUUUCACUGGUCAAGCUGCUGCACUGGCAGGAGGAACAACCAUGCACAUUGACUUUAUUAUACCAGUUAAUGGAAGUUUGUCUGCAGGUUUUGAUUCCUAUAUAAAAAAAGCAAAAAAUGCAGUAAUGGACUAUGGUUUUCAUAUGGCCAUCACAAAAUGGGAUGAAGAAGUUGCAAAAGACAUGGAGUUAAUGGUUAAAGAGAAUGGGAUCAACUCUUUUAAAUUCUUUAUGGCAUACAAAGGAGCCUUGAUGGUCAAUGAUGAGCUUUUAAUGCAAGGCUUGGUAAAAUGCAAGUCUCUUGGUGCAUUGGCUAUGGUUCAUGCAGAAAAUGGAGAUGCUAUUGCUGAAGGACAGAAAAGAAUGAUAGAUCUUGGAAUAACAGGACCAGAGGGGCAUUCUCUUUCAAGGCCUCCAGUGUUAGAAGGAGAAGCAACUGCAAGAGCUAUUCGUUUGGCAAGUUUUGUCAAUACACCCUUAUAUGUGGUUCAUGUGAUGAGCAUUGAUGCCAUGGAGGAGAUUGCAGUGGCUAGAAAAGCCGGGCAAAGGGUCAUCGGUGAACCUGUAGUUUCUGGGCUAGUCCUUGAUGAGUCUUGGCUUUGGGACCCUGAUUUCACUACUGCUGCAAAGUAUGUAAUGAGUCCCCCGAUAAGAAAAGCUGAACAUGGUAAAGCCCUUCAAGCUGCACUUACAACAGGAACUUUGCAGCUUGUAGGGACCGAUCAUUGUGCCUGGAACUCUACACAAAAAGCUCUUGGUAUUGAUGACUUCCGGAAAAUUCCUAAUGGCGUCAAUGGUAUAGAGGAAAGGAUGCAUUUAGUUUGGGACACGAUGGUGGAAUCUGGCAAAAUAUCUGUCACAGAUUAUGUGCGGAUAACAAGCACUGAAUGUGCUAGAAUUUUCAAUAUUUAUCCAAGAAAAGGGGCAAUAUUGGAAGGAUCUGAUGCUGAUAUAAUUAUACUAAACCCUAAUGCAACCUUCAAAAUUACUGCUGCUUCUCAUCAUUCUAGAUCUGACACAAAUGUGUUUGAAGGGAUGACAGGAAAGGGUAAAGUAGAAGUUACAAUAUCAGGAGGACGAGUAGUAUGGGAAAACAACAAACUGAACAUUAUGCCUGGGUCCGGCAGGUACAUUAGAAUGCCACCUUAUGGUUAUCUUUUUGAUGGUAUUGACAAGGCAGAUGCUGCAUAUCUGGCUUCUCUUCAUGCUCCUGUUCAUCGGACCAAAGCUGCAGCCUGAGCUUAUAUCACCUAUUUAUCUUCUAGAUAAUUAUCAAUAAAAGAAAAAUAAAUGAAAAUAGGGCAUAUAAAUAGAAAGGAUGUUGUUCUAUGGAGAUUAGGCUGGUAGAUUAUCCUCUGGGGUAGGUUCAACAAGGAGAUAAUCAAGCAGAUUGCAACGUUUCUAUGAAAUGCCUGUAUAUAUAUGUAAGCAUUUUGACACUACACUUGUACAUUUAUGUAAAAACUCUACAAAUAUGUGCUUGAUAUAUGUUCUAUGUAAUGGUGUGGCAUAGCAAUGUUAGACGAUUUCAUGUCAAA